UUAAAGUCAUAGGCAGUAUUAACAACUUCAUUUGUCUCUGUGGUUGUUCAGGCUAAAAAAAGGGCCCAAAUAAAUCUCUAAUCUCUAAGCGUGUUAGCUAACAAGCUAACUUAAAGGCAGUUUUAAAGCUAACCACCGGGAUUGGUAACACUAACAGUGGCGGAAAUGCGAAUAAACUUGUAAAUAGGCUUUUAACACCCCUCAUAUAACUUAACGUCACUUAGCUAAUAAACACUAGCAUUAGCAGCAUUAGUAACUCAACUACUAUUACCCAGCUAACGCUAAUGUUACAAGGCCUGAGAAGCGAGAAACCGUGUGGCUGCUGUCAGUGCUCGUGUUGUUUAAUGACUUUAUGUUAAGUGAACCGGUUUUAUUUACCAAGCAUGACUUGUGCAGCGGGAGAUGAAGACGACCCAUUCCCCGUUGACGACGGCCUGUUUGCGGACACAUUUUCUCAGGACACCGUGUACUCUUUGAUGGGUCAGGAGCUGAAGAUCAGGCAGGUGUUUGGUGCGAACCUCGGCGUGGCUGCUCCGGUCUGGGAAGCUGCGUUACAGCUGUGUGGUUACUUGGAGCAGCAGUCGGUGGAGGUGAGGGGGCAGCGCGUCAUCGAGCUGGGAGCAGGGACCGGACUGGUCGGUAUCUUGGCUGCACGCCUCGGUGCAGUUGUGACCCUCACAGACCUUCCUCUGGCUCUCCCACAACUUCAGGCCAACGUCUCUGCUAACAUGCCGUCCAGUGGUUGGCCCAGCUCUCCUCCCAGCGUCCUCCCUCUGUCCUGGGGUGAGGACCACAUGAACUUCCCCUCUGACUGGGAUCUGGUGCUCUGUGCAGAUAUCAUUUACCUCCCAGAGACUUACCCACUGCUCGUGGAGACACUGGCUCACCUGUGUAAGAGUGGAGCUGUGGUGUAUCUGUCGUCCAAAAUACGAAAAGAGCACCAGACUCCACGUUUCUAUGAAGAAUGUCUGCUGAGCAGAUUUAACGUGGAGCUUGUGCAUCGUGAUGACAAUCAAAACAUUAAUAUCUACAGGGCGUCUCUGAGGAAGGAUUAGUGACAGCAUGGACAUGGACCAGUUACUGCACUGAGACCAGUUAUGACUCUGUUUUUUGGUGCCUUUUAAAAAACAAAAUAAAAAAACAAAUGUGAAACCUUUAUUAUACAAAAUACAUAGCUGUUAAUUUCAUUCUUUAAUUAACAAUUAAGCUUUUACAUUAAGCUGUAAUUUUGUGUUUUAUAAUACAAGGACAACUUGUUACAAUUACCCUGCUCUUAGUGAGUUUCCCCUGUAUUGAAAAAUGUUUCAGUCAAUCAAUAUAAAGUCCAAAAUCAUAAUGUUUGUUGUGUAGGUUAAAUCCCAGAAGUGAGGUCAGAUUAAUUUGGUCCUUUAAGAUGCACCAAGUUUUGGAAUAUUGUUGAAUAACUACCCCAUGUUUACUUAGUUGACUAUUGGUUCGGUCCAAAAACAGCAGUACAUUUAUUUGUAUAUUUACAUGGCUAUUUUAUUGACUUCAGUCACUUGUGAAAUCCGUUAUAUCCUUUAAUAUUUCACUUGUGAGAUUAUGUUUUUACAUUACAUGUUACAAUUGGAAAUAAAACAAUAUGUUAUUUUUCCUCAGUUAAGUUUAUUUGUUUAUUUGGCUGCCCAUUAGCCAUUAUGAAGGUAGAAACUAAUCUUUCCGGGGUUGAUAUAAGUAAUCCUCAAUUAAGUAUUGUGAUGAUUUGACAGUUUUCUCUUUAAAAUGUGUCUGUGUGAUAUUUGUCCAUCCGAACUAAACCUAUUUUCUAUCUUAUUUUGUGUAUUUUUGCGCUUCAUGUGUCCUCUUACCAACUAGUUUGUUUCAUGGCUGCCACCUUUAGUAGCUAGUAACCUUACUCUUCUCCAAAUAAAUAAAUACUUUGGGGAAAAAUAGAAUUUGAAAGGAAGGGAUUAGCUAUGGUACCUUUUUUUUUGUUAUUUCCAACUUGUAUGGAAGCAUUUGUUGUGAGCACACGUUGAAUACAGUUUUGGGACCUGAAAGGAGAGUUCACCUUUUUUUUUCCUCACCAAAUGUCUUCAUUUUUUGUUCCUGUACAUGUAGUUUCAGAGGCUUGAAAAGGAUCAACUGUUCUUCUCAGGCAACUUGCUAUGCAGAUGACACUCAGCUCUAUCUGUCAUUUCCUCCUGAUGACCCAUCGGUCUCUGCACGGGUCUCUGACUGCCUCUCAGACAUAGCCACUUGGAUGAAGGCACAUCACCUCCAGCUGAACCUUUCAAAAACUGAACUGCUAGCCCUCCCUGCUAAACCCACAAUACACCACAAUAUCGACAUCAAACUUGACUCCCUGUGUCUUGCCUCCACCAGGGUGGUGAGAAACAUAGGGGUGAUGAUUGAUGACCAACCCACCUUUUCCAGUCAUGUCGCCUCAGUUACCCGGUCAUGCCGCUUUGCACUUUACAACAUCAGAAAAAUCAGACCUUACCUAACUCAACAUGCCACUCAACUCUUGACACAAGCUGUCGUCAUCUCAAAACUUGACUACUGUAACGCCCUCCUGACAGGCCUGCACAAUAAAACCGCUUCAGAUGAUCCAGAACGCGGCGGCGCGUCUGGUCUAUAACCAGCCAAAAAGGUCAC